AUGGAGAACCUGGCGAUGCUGUGGGGGAUCAUCGGGCCGGGCGUCGCCGGCGCGCUCUUCGGCGCCGGCUGGUGGUUCUGGGUCGACGCCGUUGUCUGCAGCGCCGUCCAGGUCUCCUUCAUCCACUACCUGCCCGGGAUCUUCGCGUCGCUGGCCGCGCUCAUGUUCAAUUGCGUCGACAAGGAUGCCAUCGGGAACGACUACUACUCGUCCUACGGGGAUGAUUCCGAGUGGAGGGUGAAGCUCUGGCUUUUCGUCGCCUAUGUAGUUUCUUUCGUCUGCCUGGCUGGAUCAGUGGGUUUGUUGGUGCAAGACGCCCUGACAGACAAGGGCCCUUCUGUGUGGACUGGUGUUGCCGGCGUCCUGCAAUGCGUUUUUGUGUUGAUAAGGUAUAUCAGCAACUUCGUCUCUGCCUCCCUCCUUGAUUCACUUGGCCAGUAUGCGUGUCCUGACGUCGCAUCGCCUUUGCAGUGGGUUGACAUACUGGACGUGCCACACCGAGGACUAGGAAGGGUCAAAAUGCUGUGA